AUGGCGACUAUCGACGGACGACCGGCCCAGUACCAGAUCACGCAGAAGAAUCUGCGUGAGAUCAUGGAACAUCGGGGCCGUGAAGCGGUAUCAAAGGUGAACGAGUACGGUGGUGUGACCGAGAUCUGCCGGAAGCUGUACACCUCACAGAACGAGGGUCUAAGCGGAUCGAAAGCCGACAUUGACCACCGACGGGAAACGUUCGGCUCGAAUGUGAUCCCGCCGAAACCGCCCAAGUCUUUCCUGACGCUCGUCUGGGAAGCACUGCAGGACGUGACGCUGAUUAUCCUGGAAAUUGCUGCCAUCAUUUCGCUGCUAUUAUCAUUCUACCAGCCUGCAGACGACGACGAACCGGAUGCGCAGGAUGAGGAGGAGCACUACGCAUGGAUCGAAGGUUUAGCCAUCCUGGUGUCGGUGUUUGUGGUGGUCGUCGUGACUGCGUUCAAUGACUACUCCAAGGAGAAGCAGUUUCGUGGAUUGCAGUCACGUAUCGAGGGCGAGCAUAAGUUCUCGGUCAUCCGUGGCGGCGACGCGGUGCAGGUGAACAUUGGAGAUAUUGUGGUGGGUGACAUCUGCCAGAUCAAGUACGGUGAUCUGCUCCCGGCGGACGGUAUUCUGAUUCAGAGCAACGAUCUGAAGAUCGAUGAAUCGUCGCUGACGGGUGAAUCGGACCACGUCAAGAAGAACGAAUCGACGGAUCCGAUUGUACUCUCCGGUACGCAUGUGAUGGAGGGUAGCGGCAAGAUGGUGGUUACGGCGGUUGGUGUUAACUCGCAGGCCGGUAUCAUUUUCACGCUGCUUGGUGCGGCCGUCGACGAGCACGAGGCAGCCGCCAAGCAGAAGAAAAAGGAUGCGAAAAAGGCGAAGAAGGCAGCAGGCGCGAAAGACGAAAUCACCAACAAUAGCCAUGGACACCCGCAGGGUAUCCGAAGCCAAACGACGGUCGACUCCAUCACUUCAGACGACGGUGGCGAGGAGGGUGGCAAGAGUGGAGAAGGUGGCGGUGGACACGGUGGUAAGGAGAAAUCAGUGCUGCAGGCGAAGCUGACCAAGCUGGCAAUUCAGAUCGGGUAUGCCGGUUCAACGAUCGCCGUGCUGACGGUUAUCAUCCUUAUUAUACAGUUCUGCAUCCAAACGUUUGUAAUCGAACAGAAGCCAUGGCGCAACUCGUAUGCCAACAAUCUCGUGAAGCACUUUAUCAUCGGUGUGACAGUGCUGGUCGUAGCCGUACCGGAAGGUUUGCCCCUGGCUGUCACCCUGUCGCUGGCCUAUUCGGUGAAGAAGAUGAUGAAGGAUAACAACUUGGUGCGGCAUUUGGAUGCCUGCGAAACCAUGGGUAACGCGACGGCGAUCUGUUCGGACAAGACCGGCACAUUGACUACGAACCGGAUGACGGUGGUUCAGUCGUACAUCUGCGAGAAGCUAUGCCUGGUAACGCCCCGUUUCUCGGACAUACCACGUGUCGUGGGCGAAGCGAUCGUAGAGGGUAUUGCGCUAAACUCGGCCUACACGUCUUGCCUGAUGGCUGGCCAGAACCCGGGCGAUCCGUUACAGCAGGUCGGUAACAAGACCGAGUGCGCACUGCUGGGCUUUGUGAACGGGCUUGGUCGGAACUAUCAGACGAUCCGAGAUGCCAAUGCGGAAGAUACGUUUACGCGAGUAUACACGUUCAACUCCGUGCGCAAGUCGAUGAGCACGGUGGUGCCGAAACCGAACGGGGGUGGCUAUCGCGUAUUCAGCAAGGGCGCCUCGGAGAUCAUACUGAAGAAAUGUGCCUUCAUCUACGGGCAGGACGGUGUGCUGGAGAAGUUCACCCGGGACAUGCAGGAGCGUCUGCUGCAUCAGGUAAUCGAACCGAUGGCAUGCGACGGGUUGCGCACGAUUUGUAUCGCGUUCCGUGACUUUGUGCCCGGCAAGGCCAACAUUAACGAGGUGCACUACGACGGUGAACCGAACUGGGAUGAUGAGGAAAACAUCAUUAGCAAUCUGACGUGCCUGUGCGUGGUCGGUAUCGAAGAUCCGGUACGGCCGGAGGUACCGGAAGCUAUACGGAAAUGCCAGCGGGCCGGUAUCACGGUGCGCAUGGUCACGGGUGACAACAUCAAUACGGCACGCUCGAUCGCAACCAAGUGUGGUAUUUUGCGGCCACAGGACGACUUCCUGAUCCUGGAGGGUAAGGAGUUUAAUCGUCGCAUCCGCGACAGCAACGGUGAUAUCCAGCAGCAUCUGCUGGAUAAGGUGUGGCCGAAACUGCGCGUGUUGGCUCGUUCGUCGCCCACGGACAAGUACAACCUGGUGAAGGGUAUCAUCGACAGUAAGGUGUCGGUCAGCCGUGAGGUAGUGGCAGUUACCGGUGACGGUACGAAUGAUGGACCGGCGCUCAAGAAGGCGGACGUCGGGUUCGCGAUGGGUAUUGCCGGUACGGAUGUCGCUAAGGAAGCGUCAGACAUUAUUCUGACCGAUGACAACUUUAGCAGCAUCGUGAAGGCGGUCAUGUGGG